AUGACAGAACCGAUAGAAGGUAUUCAUUUUCCUAACUGGAAGCCUGCCGUCGACACUGCUCAUACCUACUCCUGGCCAACUAAAGAAGCUGCCGUAACAAGUCGCCACUCUAUAGAUCUGUACACUUCUGAAAAUCUCACAUUUGCUACAAGAAAGCUGGCUGACUACAUUUCUGAAAUAUUCCAUGAAGAAGAAAACUUCUUUGGACUUGAAUGGAAUCUAUACAAUGGCCAAGAAAAUAAAAUGAUAAUGGAUGUGUUCUGUAAACAUCCAGUCCGAGAUUUUCUGUUAACCGGGGACACUUCGAACGACUCUUCCAAAAAUGAUGUGUUGACUUCUAUUUUGAAGAAGCAAAAUGACAAAAAAAAUAUGACUCUGUGGAUUAAUCCGAGUUCUGAUUUCAGUUUUGACUUUGGACAAUUCAAGAAUUCCUUAGAUACCUUGGAUAUUGCAUACUCACAUUGGAUAACUAUUCAAAACAUUUCGAAUGUCAAAUGUGAAAAAUUGUACAUUCAUAAGUCAAAUUUUCUGCAGGCAGAUUUCAAAUUAUUGAUUGAUAAAUGGAGAAAUGGAUGGACUCCAAAUUGGAAGACUAUGACUAUUGAACUCAAUGAAGAUAUCGAUGUUGAUACAUGUGCCGAGGGAGAAUUUAUUGACAUGGAACCAGAGUAUUAUAAUAAUAAAAGAGUAGUAUGUGGAAAUGUCCCAAUUCGAUUCAAAGGAUAUUUUGACAUAAGUUGUGAAACAACCUUUAUGCAUGGAUAUCAUAUUUUACGAUCAGAUGAAAUGAUUGCAACUAUUGGAAUAUCAGAAGAUAAAUAUCGAGUUGGAUGGUUUCAUAUCAGAAAAUAA